AUGUCGGCGCCCGAAUACGAUCCCUCUGAGCCAUAUGGCGGCAAUCCACUAGAAGUCGACGUCAAUGCGCAAUUCGCUGGUUUCGAAUUCCAUGCGGUCUACCUGGCCGCUUGUGCGUAUCUGGUUUGGAUGAUUAUCCCGGGUCUCGGUCUGUUGUAUGGAGGACUUGCCCGCCGAAAGUCGGCUCUGGCCAUGCUUUACCAGGCUUUCGCAGUGAUCGGAGUAAUUACUUUCCAAUGGAUGUUCUGGGGUUACACCCUAGCCUAUUCUCGAAAUGCUGGAUCCUUCAUUGGCGAUAUGACCAACUUCGGUCUUCAAGAUGUUACUGCAGCUCCAUCUCCUGGCAGUUCAUAUCAGCCCGAGAUCAUCUUCUGCCUCUACCAGUUGCUUUUCUGCAUUUGCACCGUCAUGAUCGUGGUUGGCGGUGCUUUCGAGCGUGGCCGUGUCAUUCCAUCUCUUUUCUUCGGCUUCUGGUGGGCGACCAUUGUAUAUUGCCCCAUCGCAUGCUGGACAUGGAACGCGAAUGGAUGGUUGUUCAACCUUCCCUCUCUCGAUUACGCGGGCGGCGGCCCGGUCCACGUCGCCAGUGGUUGCUCUGCUCUGGCGUAUGCCUUGGUGCUUGGCAAGCGAAAGCUUCACGGCCAGAGAUCUAUGAUGAAGCCACACAAUGUCUCCAUGGUUUUCAUUGGUACACUUUUGAUCUGGUUUGGCUGGUUUGGGUUCAACGGUGGUUCCACUCUCAAUGGGACCAUUCGUUCCUACAUGGCCGCGUGGAAUACAAAUGUCUCGGCCGGUAUGGGCGUGAUCGGUUGGUCCAUCGUUGAUAUGAUUCGUAACAAAGGCAAGUUGUCCGUCGUGGGCGCCUGUGAGGGUGCCAUUGCAGGUCUUGUUGGUAUCACUCCAGCCGCCGGUUAUGUCUCGGUCUGGUUCGCCGCCGCCAUUGGCAUCAUUACCUCCAUGGUCUGUGCCUCUCUUCAAAAUAUCAAUGACUGGCUCCACAUUGACGAGGGUAUGGAUGUAUUCAAACUUCACGGAAUUGGUGGUAUGGUUGGAUCCUUCCUCACUGGAAUUUUCGCCUCAUCGUCAGUCUCUGCUCUCGACGGUGGCACACUCGCUCCCGGUGGUGUCGACGGUGAAGGCUCCCAGAUUGCCAGACAGCUGGCCGACAUAGCUUCCAUCUCCAGCUACUCCUUCACCGUCUCGUUCUGCCUCCUGAUCAUUAUGAAGUAUCUCGGCAAAUUUGUCCCCUUCAUGGCUCUUCGUGUCAGUGAAGAAGCAGAAGUCCGUGGUAUUGAUGAAGAUCAAUUCUUUGAGGAAGAAGUUGGUGAUUGGUCUCUCUUUGAGCAUGCUGCAAUGACCCAGGGAUCCAAAUUGGUCUCUACUCCACCAAGUCCACCUGCUGAGACGGAGAAGAAGGCCACCGAUUCUGAGCCAAGCACUGCAUGA